UGUUAUGUGUAUAAACUAAUUGAAAUUUAUGUACCAAAGUGGAAAACUGAACUUUGUUGGAUGUAUAAAGCUAGUUACAUAAUUAUGGCGCUAGCACUACCAGCAAGCUGCAAUCAAACUCAAUAAAGCACAAUAUACAGAUGGAAAUGUACGAUGACUUAAAAUUGCCCAAUGACAAGGGUUUUCAAGACAAAAUUUUAAAAAGAAUUAUUCUUACUGUAAAACGUUUUUCGAUAGCACAAAAGGUUCUUCAAAAUGUUAAUCAAAAAAUAUAUAUUUGGAUAUUGCUGUAUGCUGUUAUUGCAGGAGUACUCGGGAUAAGCAUUCUUAUGUUUUAUUUUAAGUUUUCAAAUACUCUAGUAAUGAGUGACUAUCUUCAUGCCGGUACUUUAACCCUUGCAGCAAUUACAACAUUUAUGGCAACAAUAACAUCUGGUCAGAAACUUGAAGACAUUACUGAAGAACUUUCAGAUACAUGGUCUUUGAUACCUUGGUAUUUGUUGAACAAACAGAAUAAACAAAUUUACCUCAUGUUUAUGGUAAAUUAUAUGAAACCAUUAAAAUUUCGAUUCACAGAAAACAUGAGCAUAAAUUAUAAUUUAGGAGCAGCUAUUGGAAAAAUGAUAUAUUCUAUGUUAUCACUACUAACACAAAUGCGUGGUAAGGAUACUUUGUAAACAACUCUGAACACAACUUAUU